AUGGGACGACAUGGAAAUGAAAGUUGUGAUGGUCGGCAGCUACACCAUUUGCGCUUUGCUGAUGACAUCGUACUGAUUACACCUAGCAUCAGCCGAGCGGAACGAAUGCUGAUCGAAUUCGACGAAACAUGUGGAUGCAUCGGUCUUCAGCUGAAUCUACAAAAGACGAUGUUCAUGUGGAACGGAUGGGUCUCGGAUGCCGCAUUGACCGUCAACGGAACGAACAUAUUCGAAUGCGCCAGCUACGUGUAUCUGGGUCGAGAAUUGAACAUGAUGAACAACCUGACCCUUGGAGCUGGACAGGAGGAGACGAGCGCCUUGGGGAAUGUAUAA